AUGAACUUCUCAAUCUUCUCCCGCAAGAAACCUUCUGGUUUUAUAGAUUUAUACACAGAACUAACUAAAACCCUAACCGAGACGUACCUCCCUCUCCUCCGGCAAUCGCGUUCCUCCGAUGUCCUCUCCACCAACAUCGAUCGAGUCCUCUCCCACCUCAACAAAUACUACGAAACCAUCCCUACUCGUCUCUCCACAUCUUCCCUCGAGACACCAUUUCUAUUACUCGGGGAUAUAUAUCCUUACAUCUUCACCAAUCUUCUCCGGACCUUCAUUGAUCAAGAUACGCAAGAUUCCGGUCAUGUUUCGAUAGCCAUAACUCAAGAAGCGGAUCUUUCUACCGAGUUUCUGAGUGCAUGGACUGAGCCAUCCGACCAACUCUUGACACGAAUCAAUGGGGUCGAGUGUCGGACAAGGAUGAUCGUCCCUAACCUUCUAGAAAGGUUGAGGAUCGUACAAAGAGGUUAUGUGGCUCGGAUCUUGAAGAAACCUAUUACCGCAAAAACAGUAAAGGAUGAGACGUGA